UUUUCCUUUUUGCGGAUGUAGCCCUCGUUGCCCCGGCCACACCAGAUGGUAGGCAAGGUAGUGAUGUGGCCGGGAGGUCCGCGGCGGAAUGAUUUGCGCGACGACAAAGAGACGGGAUGUUGUUAGCAGGCAGAUCCCAUUACAGAGAGAGGACACGCAUGUUGUAAUAUGGUCGAAACAAAAGCGUGAGAAGCGAUAGGCCAAAAAAAACAUUUAAUAUAUAAAUCCAAUCUUCUUAUUAACUAGUAACUUUAGUAGUUGGAUUUAUAAAGCUACUCUCGUGGGAGAUAUGGAGAAGAAAAGGUGGGAUUGCACUGCUCUCCCCAAGGGCUGGAAAAUGGAAGAAGUGACCAGAAAGUCGGGUUUGUCAGCUGGAAAAAGCGAUGUCUAUUAUUUUAGCAGAGGAGGAGAAGAGCAAGAUGAGGAACAGAGGCAAGAGAGGGGGGAGGCGGGUCGGUUGUAUAGUUUGUGUCCAUCUGGGAAGAAGUUUCGGAGCAAGCCUCAGCUGGCCCGUUACCUUGGUAACCAGAUGGACCUCAGCUCCUUUGAUUUCCGCACGGGGAAGAUGCUGAUGAGCAAGCUGAACAAGAACCGCCAGAGAUUGCGCUAUGAUAACAACAACCAGAACAAGGGCAAGCCGGACUUGAACACGUCGCUCCCAGUCAGACAGACGGCCUCCAUCUUUAAGCAGCCUGUUACCAAGGUUACCAACCACCCAAACAAUAAAGUGAAGACGGAUCCACAGAAAGCUGUCGACCAGCCCAGACAGCUAUUUUGGGAGAAGAAACUCGGUGGUCUCAAUGCUUAUGACAUUGCAGAGGAGCUGGUGAAAACAAUGGAACUGCCUAAAGGCCUGCAAGGUGUUGGUCCAGGCUGCACAGACAAGACUCUCCUGUCGGCCAUUGCGAGCGCUCUGCACACCAGCGCUGCUCCCAUCACCGGCCAGCUGUCUGCGGCCGUGGAGAAGAACCCAGGAGUCUGGCUCAACACAACACAGCCGCUGUGCAAGGCCUUCAUAGUCACUGAUGAGGACAUCAGGAAACAGGAGGAGCUGGUUUACAGUGUGAGGAAAAGGCUGGAGGAGGCUCUGAUGGCUGAUAUGUUGGCCCACGUCGAGGAGGCUACCAGUGACGGAGAGGCUCCUAAGGACGAUGGCAACGCCAGUGAAGAUAUGGAGAGUGUAUAGCACAGGGAUUUGUUCAACACCUGCACACACACGACCAUGAACAGUAGGAGCCAUACAGCAGUCCUUGCCCUGAUGAACUGUCCCUGAGUAUCCGCGUCCAACUUAAACCUUUAACCUGACUCACACCAGUCCAGUACAACCUAAAGAACUGUCUUCCCCCUCGCCUCAACCCAAAACACACUGGAGUCUCAAGUACGUCUAUUCAUCAUUAACUCCACUGGAUGGGACUCCUCGACUUCAACGGCAAUUAAACAUAUAUUUCUGACCUCGGUUGAUUUUUGACUAGGACAUUUUUAAAGAAAAUUCCCUUGAACUUUCAAAUAUUAAAAAAUAACUUAUCAAUAGUGUGUCAAAAUUAGUGUUUGAUGAGAAGCGUAUUUUUUACUGAAAGGCUUUGAAUGGGUUUGUAUUUUUUUGUGACAAUCGUCAAAUCCGAACAUUUUAUGUCAGCAGAAAGUUGAUCUGGGUGCUCUCUUUUUUUUUUUGGCAGAUUGGAAAUGAAUGUUUUGUAUUUUUGGCAUGUCUCUUUCUUGAAUUUUAUGAAGCACUACAUGAGUAGUCUGACACAAAAACACUGUCUUUUCUAUAGUGGAACCGGUUGAAGUGUAACUACCGACGAGUUUGAGCUAAUUUAAAUCAGCGUCCGGACCGGCUGAUGAAAUGCUGAUGGUGUAGUUUGAAUCCCGUGUACAUCCAUUUGGAGGGGUCAAGUUUUUAUUGUUGUAAUUUCAAGGAAAUAUUGUACUUCAUGACGGUUGUAUCAUCCUGUGAGUCAUGUUCAGUAUUGACCAAAGAGGAGACAUGUCAUUUUGAAGAGGGUUGUGUGACGUGCGUGUAACUAAAGUCUGCUUUACUGUGAGCGAUUCUGCUGUUGUACAACUAAACAUGAGGAAAGUAAAAAAGUACACAUGAUGGGGCUGAGCACAAUGGGAAAGAAAUGACUUGAAACCUCUUUCUAUUGUAAAAAUAUUUGUUUUUAACUCUCAUCAUUAUAGGUGCUUACUAAAGCUGUGAAACAUGGCUAUCACAGUUUCAGUCCACGUUUUUUAUUUUAUUUUUUUUUAAACGUGUCAAUGUUACCACACACAUGCUGCCUCCUCGUAAACCCACGCACAAAAUUGGUGACACUGCAAAUUACAGUUUUAAUGUCAUUUAUCAUCUGAGGAAUAAUGUUUUUUUUUUUAAUUUUUUUUAUCCCGUCUGUCAAUGUUUGAUAGUGAAUAGUGUAUCCAGCUGAAAUCAUGAAAAUCCCUUCUAAAUAUCAGCAGGCUGAUUGCUGAAAUGAAUUUGAUUGUAUUACUUAUUAAAAUGAAUUGAUAUGUCA